AUGGUAAUGGCACGUCGUGUUAAGCAUGCUAGACCAAGACGUUCCGUAUCUGGAGUGACAUCCGGGGUUCCACCGUUUGAGAACCUCUGUACUGAGGAGCAUGGUCAUAAAAUCUACGGCUGUUGUUUUUGUCCUUAUAGUCGGGAAACUUUGUAUUUUGCUACUGUCGGACACAAUCGGGUAACUGUUUACAAAAUAAAUGAUGAUGAAAACUUGGAGCUUUUGCGUUGCUAUCAAGAUGCGGCGGGAGAUGAAUUGUUUUAUACUGUGUGUUGGGCGUAUGAUCCAGACUAUGAAGAGCAUUCCGUUGUGGUUGGAGGCCAGAGAGGUAUAGUUCGUGUUUUAGAAGCUACUACGGGAAAUGUUAUUUGCAGCUUGAGCGGACAUGGUGGGGCUGUAAACGACAUUAAAGUGUGUCCCAAAGAUUCCACAUUAAUUGCUACUGCGGGGGAAGAUUUUACAGCUCGGAUUUGGGAUACCAGAAAUGAAUCUUGUUUGGCCAUAUUAGGAGGAAGUAUUUUGUUUCAGGAUUUUGAUGCGUCAUGCGAUUACCUUGCCACAGCAAGUAUGGAUCAUACCGUAAAGAUGUGGUAUAUUGGUGAAGGAAGUGGUGUAGACCGCAUGAUUGCUCAAGCUAAAAGUAGUCUUAAGUUAAUUGACAUGCCGCUGGAGAUACAUUAUCCGUACUGUAGUACCCGUGAUAUUCAUGCUGACUACGCUGACUGUGUUUGUAUCUAUCACAAAAUGAUUUUUUCUAAGUCGGUUGAGAAUAAAAUUGUUCUUUGGAAAUUUGGUGAUUUGGAAAGUGGUGUGGCGGGGGGAGGAACUGCAGUUAAAACUGAAAGCAGUGUUUUACAUUUUCGACAGCUUUUUUUGCCGGAUGGCGAUCUUUGGUUUGUUCGCUGUACAAUCGACCCCAGUGGAAAGUACCUUGCUUGUGGGAACAAAGCUGCCGCUAUUCAUGUAUGGGAUCUCUCGAAUGGAAUGCCCGCUAACAAACGGGAUUUUGUACUUUUGCCGAAAGGUAUGAAAGGUGCAGUACGACAGCUUUCUUUUAGCCCCUGCAGUCGGUAUUUGGUUGCUGUCGGAGACGAUGGCUGUGUGUCCGUUUUUGUAAAUCGUCAUGACUGA